AUGGCGACAACGGGAGCGUCAAGUGCUGUGCCUGCACAAUCGGGAGAACAUGAAGAACGUCAACAGCUGCCGCAGCGUGUUACGGCGCAUCCAAAGCUGAAAGAAACGAUAGAUGCUGCUGGUUUAGCAGUGCACAGUUCCCCCUUGGAUAGGAUGAGCGAAAGGGUUAAAGUACGGUCUCAGAAAGUCAGCGACGUGUUGCAGCGGCUGCGUCGCUGCUCGUGGGCAUAUGCACACAGGCUACUGCGGCUGAAGAAGGCGUUUGUCGUCCCUCAAGAGAGGAGCCUAGCGGAGCAUUUGAAGCAAGUGAACGAUGCGAAAAACAGAAAACGCGUUGCUUCUGGGAAGUUUCUGGAGCCAGGGGCGACGCUGUACUACCCUUUCAUGAACAGGAACAAUAGAAUCAGUAACAGCAGCACCACCACUGCACGUCACGACUGCUUACAGCAGCAAUGCGCUAAGCAGGAACUUGUGUUGUUUGAGGAUGAAGAUUUCAUUGCAUUGAACAAACCCUGCGGUGUCUCGAUCGGAAAAUUGAUCCAACAGCUGGCCAUCGAGCGGCCGAAGAAUUCGGCUUUAUCUGCAGAGGGAGCAGAGGUGCGCCGGGAAGCACUCUUGUGUACUGAAGUGGCAUAA